AUGACAUUACAAGAUUGGUAUGAAUAUGAUGAAGUACUUCGUUUUCGACAAUUAACACUUAAACGUGAAGAAUGUGAUUUAGCACAAGAUUUAGAAAAACUUGAUCGUGAAAGAAAUGUUCAUAUAAGAGAAUUAAAACGUCUAUAUAAUGAAGAUCAUUCAAGAUUUAAUAAAAAUAAUGUACUAAAUGAACGAUAUUUACUAUUAACACUUAUUGGUAAAGGUGGUUUUAGUGAAGUUCAUCGUGCAUUUGAUUUACGUGAACAACGUUAUGUUGCUUGUAAAAUUCAUCAAUUAAAUAAAGAAUGGAAAGAUGAGAAAAAAGUGAAUCAUAUUAAACAUGCACUUAGAGAAUAUAAUAUACAUAAACAUUUAGAACAUAAACGUAUCGUUAAAUUAUUUGAUGUAUUUGAAAUUGAUACGAAUUCAUUUUGUACAGUUUUGGAAUAUUGUGAUGGAAAUGAUUUAGAUUUUUUUCUUAAACAAAAUAAAACGAUUCCAGAAAAAGAAGCACGUUCAAUCAUAAUGCAAACAGUUAAUGCAUUAAAAUAUCUUAAUUCAGAAACUAAACCACCUGUGAUUCAUUAUGAUUUAAAACCAGGUAAUGUUCUUUUGGGAACAAGAAAUAAUAGUGGUGAAAUAAAAAUAACUGAUUUUGGCUUAUCUAAACAAAUGCAUGAAGAUGCGUUUGAUGCCGAUGAUGGAAUGGAUCUUACAUCUCAAGGUGCCGGUACUUAUUGGUAUUUACCACCAGAAGUCUUUGUUCAAGGACCUAAUCCUCCUAAGAUUUCAUCUAAAGUAGAUGUUUGGAGUGUCGGCUGUAUUUUUUAUCAAUGCUUAUAUGGUCGAAAACCAUACGGUCAUAAUUUAUCUCAAGCAGCUAUAUUAGAAAAUCAAACUAUAUUAAAUGCCAAAGACGUUCAAUUUCCAAAUCGACCUCAAGUAUCAAAUGAAGCGAAAUUAUUCAUUCGUCGAUGUCUAACUUAUCAAGCACGUGAUCGUCCCGAUGUUUUACAAUUGAGUGAAGAUGAAUAUUUGAAAUCUUAUCCAAAACGUACUACAGCUACAACAUCUUCACUUCUUUUCUGUCCUAAAUAA